GCCACAGUGGGGGGCCUGAGCCCCUCCAGGGGACACUCCAUGCAGAUCUUCGAGCUCACUGGUUCUGGGAAUGUCCUGCUGGCUCCGAGGGGGUUUGUGAGUAAGUCAAGGUCCUGCCCUCUGACCCCCGGCCCCGGGGUGUGUGUGCGGGAAACGGCUGAGCCUCCAGCCGCAGCCCCAGUAGCUGGGGCCCUGACAGCCCCUCGCAUCUCUCUGCAGUUGAAGAUCUGAACAGUAACACUGUGAGCAGGAGGCCACUGGGGUCAGCCCUGGAGCCCACCUCCUCCCCUGCAGGGAGCCCAGACCCUGAGCCCCGAGUCACCCUGGCCCCAAGACAAGAUCCCCCCACUCCUGGUAGGCUAAAGUGGCGUGGGGCCAGCCCCCCAUUCCACUGCACGCCCUCCACACCCAUGGACAUCAUCUUCCUGGUUGAUGGGUCCUGGAGUAUCAGCCACAGUCACUUCCAGCAGGUCAAAGACUUCCUGGUCAGCAUCACUGAGCCCUUUGAAAUAGGGCGGGAUUAAGUCCAAGUAGGUGGGUACCGGCCCUCCCUGGUGGUCCUCACCGUUCCUCCCCAGCCCCCAGCAGGGCUGACUCCAGGACUGAGAAGCGGGAAGUGGGGUGACAGGCAGGAGAGCUCUCUGCUGAGGUGCCCUCCUGCAGCCAACAGGCUGCUUGCCCACCUGGCCCCACCCGGACGGAGGCUGGUUCCUCAGGGGGCACGCUGGCCCCUCCUCUGGGGCUCCUGGGGCUUUGCAGACAGUCACCUCCCUGCUGACUCCCCGGCAGCUGUGUGCAGAGUGGAGGGGUGGGCUCAGCACGUGCCCUGCCCCCAUGGCACCUCCCCUCCCAGGCCUGACUCAGUGCAGUGGAGAUCCCCAAACCGAGUGGGACCUCAACACCUUUGGCACCAAGGACGAAGUGCUGGCCACAGUCCACAUUCUCCGCUACAGAGGGGGAAACACAGUCACAGGCCUGGCCCUGCUGGAGCAGAACCUGAAGUCUGCCACCAGUUCCUAUCCAGAGGCGGCCAAGGUGGUGGUCCUAGUGACAGAUGGCAAGUCCCAGGACGAUGUCCGUGCUGCCGGCUGCAUCCUCAGGGACCUAGGUGUUGAUGUCUUUGCUGUGGGUGAGCAGUGCCAGGCCCUCUGCUCAGGCUCUCACAGCAGGGUGGGUCCCCCGAUCACAGGUGUGAGUUUGCACCCAGCCUCAGCUGCACCAGAGGUCGCAUGGUAUCUGCAGUGGAGCGCUCAGAGGAGCGGGGUGUGCAGGGGCGUUCAGAGGGGCCACACGGUGUGUGGGACAGAUCUGCCAGUCUGCAGCCAUGUGUGGCCAUCUCCCCUGUGCAUGGCAACCACUCACACCCCGCACCCCUCGGGAGCCUCUUUCUGCUGACUUACGGACCAGUUGUAACUCUGUGCCUGGAGAAGGCGCCAGAAUUGGAGCAUUCCUGAGAACAGAGGCCUCCCCAGUGCACCGAACCCCGUCAUACAUGAUUCAUCCCAGAGCCUGGGUUUGCCGGUCGGUCAGCAGGGUGUGGGACCCAGAGGAAGCACACUGGGCCCUCCUGGCCCGGAGCCCCACAGACCCCGCAGGGACACACAGCCUGCCAAGGGCCUUCAGGGGUCUGCCCCAGCUGCCUUGGGGCUGUGUCUCUCACCUGAGCCCGACAGAUGACCCCGUUCUUGGGCCUGGGGGGUUUUGGUACGUGGCUUGGGAUGGCCCCCCACACUGGCUGGGUGACUCAGGCAAGGGGCCUGUGGUCCCAGCUGUAAGACGGGACAGCAGUGCCAAGUGGGUGGGGUCGGGGGCAUCCACGCCGCACCUCACCCUGUGCACAGGUGUGAGGAAUGCAGACGAGGGCAAGCUGCGGCUCCUGGCGUCCCAGCUGCUGGACGUGAUGGCCCCCAGUGUGCCGGACUUCCCCAGCUCAGCACACUGGCCAGCACUCCUGGCUGGAAGGAGGCCAUGUGUAGGUCCUUCUCCCGUGUGCUCUAAGGACAGGGCAACCUUGCAACCAUCUGCAAAUGAGCCACUAAAUUUGUCUCCUUUGAGAACCCUGGCCUCCUGUGUGCAUAUUGGCAUUUGUAAGGAUUUGUAAGAAGCAACCAGUGUGUGACUAACUGUGAAAAACCCACGGUGAUUCCUGACACGCGGUGACCACCC